UAUUGAAUUAUAGGAUAAUUGGUUUUUGAAGAAAAAAGAUAUACUAUGUAAACGGUGUUUUUAUUUUAACAUUCUUUAUAUUUUAGAAAUAAUAAAUUUUUACCGAUGCAUUCAUUACGUACAUUAUCUGCAACAAGAAUGCUGCUCAUCGGCACGAUUUGUACUGUAGUUGCAAGUGGUUUCGUGUAUCAUAAGUUACGACAAAAUCGUUCUUUGAUAGCCGAAGAAUUAUUAUGGAACAUAAAAUAUAAUUUACUAGCUAUCAAAGACAUAAUAAAUACAUGGAUGAAGGGCAAAAGAAAUAAAAAUGAUUAUUCACCUCAACCAGGAAGAGUUGCAAUUGUAACAGGAGGGUCUAGGGGGAUUGGAGUUGAAGUAGUAAAAAUGUUUUUAGAACUUGAUAUGGAAGUAAUAAUUGCUUGUAGGACACCUUCUGCAGGUGAGAAUGCUAUUCUUCAAAUUAGAGAAUCUGGUGUCAAGAGUGGACAAGCAAAAGUAUAUAAACUUGAUAAUACUUCUUUGAAGUCUGUAAAGCAAUUUGCUAUGGAGAUAAAAAGAGACUAUAAACAGAUUCAUGUCUUAAUUAAUAAUGCUGGUGUCAUGUUUUGUCCUUAUCAAGAAACAAUAGAUGGCUUUGAAGAACAGUGGUCUGUAAACUAUUUAUCACAUUUUUUAUUAACAGCACUACUAUUGCCAUUAUUGAAAAUUGGUGGACAUUCUGAACAAUGUAGUAGAAUUGUUAAUGUUACUUCGUGUGCUCAGCUCUUGGGGGAAGCUAAUUUCAAUGAUGUUAAUAACAAGAGGAAGUUCCUUACUAAAUUUGCAUAUGCACAAAGCAAACUGGCACAAGAAAUAUUUACAAAAGGAUUACAGCAUCUUCUAGAAGAAAAGCAGUAUUACAUACAAGUUUAUUCUGUACAUCCUGGAUUAGUAUAUACAGAACUUUUUAUACAUUCUUAUGUUUGGAAAUUGAAAUUACUUACUCAAUAUUUUUUUAAGACUCCCAGACAAGGGGCUACUCCAAUUGUCUAUGCAGCUUUAAGUAAAGCAGUUGAGAAUUGUGGUGGUAUAUAUAUAGAUAAUUGUUAUCGCAGUGAAGGUCAUCCAGAUGCUUUGAAUUCAUCUAUACAAAAAGAAUUAUUUGAAUUAUCUCUUCAGCAAGUACAGCUAAAUAAUUUUUUUCAGUAUGUAUAGUGAAUUAUGUAUGUAUGUAUAAUAAAAAUUUAAAUUAUAGAUACUAAUCUUAUUCACUUUGUACUUAAAUGAAUUUUAUAGGAUGAAGUAAAUAGUAAAGUUACAAUUAUAUAUAUAUAACUGAAUAGUAUAAUAAUCAUAUUCAUUUGGAAGGAAUAACCUUUUAAAUGAAUGUACACAUAUUUCUGAUUUAUUUAUUUAUGUAGAACAUUAUUAAAUGAAAUUUUGAAACUUUUACAACAAAUUUAUAUGGCAGGGGAGUGUUGCAAAUCUUGCCAAUUAAAAAUAAUAUGAAGUAUAUUUUCUAUAACAUAAUUCAUUCUGAUACCCAAUUGCAAUAUAUUUUAAUUUACAUUAUGUAUAUAUUAGAUAUAAAAUGUGAACACAUUUCGUAUAAAAUAAAGUUUUAUAAAUAAAAAAUGCUAUAAAACGAAACAAAA